AUGUCGCAAUGCCCUAUUUCUACAACAGCCAUACUCCUCCACAUAUCAUUCCUACUCUUCUCCUCGGGCACCACCAUCACCGCCUCCUCCGACAAUUGCAUCGCUAGCUCCCGACUCCCCUCGUCCCCCAGCUCAAGCUUCAUUAGCUCCUCAAGAAGUCCUCCGUCACUCCUGACAGCCCGAUCAAGGCUCUCUGCAAGCCGCUCGUCGGCGAACGGCCUUUGCCUUUGCGGGUGGAGAGUGCCUCUUCGACAUCACGUAGUUGCAGCUCGAUUGCGAGGGCAAAGGAGAGUUCGUCCAUGGCUAACUCGGCUUGCAAUUAUUGCUCUCCGACGAGAGAAAUUCUCUGAGAUUAAAAUGGAAUUGAGAGGAGGAAAGAAAGAACAACUAACGGCUCAUUCGUGCAGAAAAUUGCUUGCAGAUGAACAUGGCUUGGCAGCAGAGUUAGAUCUGUAA